CAAUCACCACGUGCCCUCUCGCAGCACGUCCUCACAAAAACCACGAUGAAACUGCUGGUCGCCAUCUGUGUUAUGCUGUCUCUUACGACAGCUCUCCCUCAAAGGAGAGUGUCGUUGAAACCCGACCAGCAAGUAGCCGAGGACCAGCAGCCGGCUGAGCAGAACUAUCAAAACUACCAACCUCAACAGCAAGACUACAGACAGCAGCCCCAGGAGUACAGACAAGCCAAGCCCAUUGAUGACUUCAGGCCCAAAGUACAAUUGGAGACUACCACCUUCAUCCCGAUCAUCCGUUUCGACAAAGAGCAAGGCACUGAUGGAAGCUACAAGACAGCGUACGAAACCGGCAACAACAUCCAAGCUGAAGAAUCAGGCUACCUAAGGGCAGUGGAUGACACACACGAUGCUUUAGUCCAGUCCGGGUCAUACUCCUACACAGCCCCCGACGGCCAGGUCAUCACUGUGGAGUACACCGCCGAUGAGUUCGGAUUCAGGGUGAAGGGAGACCACAUCCCAACCCCACCCCCAGUGUCCCCUGAAAUCCAAAAGGGACUUGACCUCAUCUAUGCUGGAAUUAAGGCCAAUGAGGAGCGCGCCGCUCUCGAAGCUAAGAACAACCCCGAAGCUGCCAGAGCAAAUGAAGAGAAGGCAGCUUUGGACUACAAAGGCCAAUAUUACCAACAAUAAGCAUAUCACGUAAUAAUAAAUAGACAAAAAAUCAAGAUACGAUCAGUUACGUUUGAAUUAAAAUUAUUCGCAAACUUUUAUACUAAAUAUCGAUAUGUCACAAAAUAUUGUAAUAAAAUUAAUUCAAAUGUGAUCUAUAAGACAAGGACUCAACAACUAUGAUCAGUACAAUAAGUGUAUGGUUUGAAGAAAUUAUUUUAUGUUACCAAUAAUUACAUUACGAGCAGUAUUCGAUUGAGUUCUAAUUCAUAGCAUGAUAUGAACAAGUUAAUUGAACAGGCCAUAGUCACUUUUGACGUGUACUAUCAUUUUACAACAACUCCCCAAAAAAAUAUAGCUAACGUUGCGACGUGGUAUUCCACGUAACAAGAUUUAAUAGGAAUAUGUAUUUACAUUUCCGUGAGAUGCGACGUCGCAAUGCUUAUAGUUGCCAUAAUUAAAAACUUACUGUUGUGUGUUAUUAUAUUUGUAAAAUAGAACCAAUCAUAAAGAAUCGCGUUCCCAUACAAACAAUGUGACACACUGCCUAUUAGCUAUAACUGUCUAGUGUAAGAGAAAUAUAUGAUUUACAUUUGGUUGUUAGUAGUAUUUCGUCGAAGUGCACCAGACUGAAAUACUUUACUUCUUUGAUAAGUACAGCUGCACUAAAUAUAGUUAUCCCAAGCGUUUCAAAACAUGUGAUAAAGUUAGUAUACAAUGAAGUGAAGC